AUGAGUGAUAAAAUAGAUGAUGCCGUUUGCUAUUCUGCGGGCUCAGCCUAUCUAAGCGGGCUGCCCGUGGUGGUGGCUGGCUAUCAGAUGCCGUGUCAUGGAAUUUUUUCCAAGAUUGAGUACAUGGAAGCGGCAAUCAAGAAUGCGGAGCUGCAGCCAGAAGACGUGAUUGUUGUAAUGGAAUCAGGCACAUUUUUCACAGGUGUGGACAUUAACCCAUUACUAGAUCGCUUCAUCGCGCAGUCUGCUGCGACACCCGAGGAGCUGGACGCGCUGGCGGUGCGGCAGGGCCGUGCGAUGGCACCACUCUUACUUAAUGCGGAGGCUGAAUCCUCGAAGGCCACCAUAUUAGAGCAUUUGGGAGGUUGCAAACCUGUGUAUGAAGAUGCUUAUGAGAAGGUGCGGAAGUACGCUGUUGCACAUCCAGAGCACAAACUCGCGCUGCCUUUUGACGUAUCGCGGUGCCGAUACCUGGAUUCGGGUGUUGUGGUUGCCCGUGUGUGGGCGUACAAGGACUUCUCGAAGUUGGCUAAUAAUUACGUCUAUACGCAAAUAUUGGAGUCCACAGUUAAAAGGGGAUGGCUCACCGAUCAGUCCAUCUAUAUAGCGUUCUAUCUGGAUCUCAUAACGUGGGAGGUCGAGAGGGACGUUUUCUCGAUGCCAAUGGAUGGACAAAAGGUGGCGCGGUCUUCAUACGGGAUGCGUGCAGGGCUUCUUGGGUUAGACUAUACCAAUGCGCCUUUAGUUAUUGGUAUAGAAACAUACUUAACCCGAUCCGAGCUACACGAUGAGCAGUGGGCAAAAUACCUUCCACUGGACGGAUCCAAGCACCCGCACUCGCGCAGCAUAACUCGUUUAAGGACAAUGACGCGCUUUGUGCAUAGCCUUUACAAGCGAGCUUACGCUGCACAUGGUCAGGGAAUUUAUGCAAGGCGGGCGGUACCCAGGUGGAUUGGAGGGAAAAGGGCUUCCAAGACAACCCACAUCACCUUCACGCCACCACUUUUGACACUCAAACAAACAUCUAUAGACACGUCCAGCAAUAAGGGGCGUACCUACCCAGCGAUUUUCCAUUCGGGAGGUCUUGAAAAAGCUCAAAGGAGGGAAAGCGAAACGAAAACCGCUGUUAUCAGCACGCAGUGGUUUUUGCCGAUGGUGUACGACCCAAAGGCAAAGCGUCAGGCCUGGAAGUAUCUGGCGUCCGCGCCGCUGUUUCUGUCGACGCAUAGCUCCAUCAUUCGGGAUUCCUACUACGCCAAAUGUGGCUUUCCAUUUGAAGGAAUGAUUAAAAAGCUGAAAGGUCCUUGA